AUGUGGGGCUCGGGUUUGAAGGAAGUACGAACAAAGAAUGGAUUAAGAAUAAUAAAGAUUACUGAGAAAAAACAGUUUAGAGGAAAACCAAGAGAAGUAUUACUUCUUUUGUUAAAGCUUCUAAUAAAGUUUUACGUUCACAAUGCUAAUAUUGUGAACCAGUACGAAUGCACAACGAAAUUGAAGAGGGAACCUGAAAGCAACAGUGUUGUGAUCCAUAUGGAUUUUAGUGAAAAUUAUUCGAUCAAAUACAACACCGAGAUUCAGUCUCUGCAUUUUGGCGGAAGCCGCAUGCAGAUAAGUCUUCACACUAGCGUUAUAUACCUCAGUAGCUCUUCAACACCUAUAAGCUUUUGCACAUACAGCGAUAGCGUGCGUCACGAUGCAGCUGCUGUCUGGGGACAUAUAAUUCCUAUACUGAGGUAUAUCGAGAAAACGGCGCCAGAAACUGAAUCACUCCACUUCAUGACCGACUCCACGUGUAGUCAAUACCGGAAUAAGACUAUAAAUUAUAUCAUCACGAAAUUGCACUGGUACUUACCAAAACUAAAAACUGUCACGUGGAAUUACUCAGAAGCUGGCCACGGAAAGGGGGGCACCAGAUGGCGUCGGGGCUACCUUAAAAAGGACGGCUGA